UUAUUAGACGGGGGUCGUUUGGAUCUUAUCUCACACGUGAUACCGGGAGAGCGAAAGGAAGCGUAAUAUGCGCGUCAAGUGACUUCCCAUCUUGAAGCCUCUUUAUCGCCAUCAUCAUCAUCAUCAUCAUCUUCCUGCACGUGGAUGGACGAGUAACCGGCGAUCUGUGCCUCUAUUGUCUCUCCAUCACCCUACGUGUGGAGGAUCGAAGCUUCUGACGACCCCAAAAAGGUGGCGGACAUCACCUGUAGUCGCUAAUUCCUCCACAAAGGUUUCAUCAGGGCGCACUUCGAUGUGUGCAAGUUGGAAAAGAAAAAAGUUGGCGUUGAAGUUGCCUGUGCAACACCGAGCUGGAAUAUGAUUUCAAGUUCAGCAUCUUUUUAGGAUAUUUGCGAGACACACACACACACACAAAAACUGCCAACUGUACCUGCCAAGAACUUCAGCCCAAACGAAGGAUAUUAAAGAUGAUGCUAAGUCCGGACCAGGCCGAGGCGGACCUCUCGUGGACUCAAUCCGACCCGGAGACGCUGCUGAGCGGCCUCAAGUCUGCGGGCUGCUCGUCGGAAGAGCCGGCGGAGGGCGACGAACGGGCCAACAAGUGCCGGGCGGAUCAGCCUCUGAGCCGCGAGGAGAAGCGGCGACGGCGGCGGGCCACCGCCAAGUACCGCUCGGCCCACGCCACCAGGGAGCGGAUCCGGGUGGAGGCGUUCAACGUGGCCUUCGCCGAGCUCCGCAAACUGCUGCCCACUUUGCCACCGGACAAGAAACUGUCCAAGAUUGAGAUCCUCAGACUGGCUAUCUGCUACAUCUCUUAUCUCAACCAUGUCCUGGAUGUUUAA